GGCAGUUGUACAAAGAUGGCGGCCUCCGUUGUACAACGAUGUUUGUCGUCUGUCAAAGUCGUCUGUAAGCACGGAGCUAAGAAUUAUUUUGGUCGGAGGUGUCUUCUGUCAGCAUCUUACACAAACAGCGAAUUAUGGGAACAACGACAGACAGAACCUCAAAAUUUAGCCAAGCUGGCAAACCUCAUGGAUCGAUCAUAUGAGCGUAAAUUCCCUGUCAGUUCACUGACAAUUGCAAGGUUUGUCGAUGCCAUCUCUUCCAGAGAGGAAAUAGACCAAGCAGAGUACUACCUGUACAGGUUCCGACACAGCCCAAACUGCUGGUAUCUGCGGGACUGGACGAUACACAGCUGGGUCCGUAAUUGUCUGAAGUAUGGAGCCAGGGACAAAGCAGUCCACACUAUUAAGAAUAAGGUGCAAUAUGGGAUAUUUCCUGAUGACUUCACCAUUAAUUUGUUAAUCGAUUCAUUUCUAAAAGAUGAAGACUACCAUGGCGCCUGUUCUGUUGUGGAAGAAAUCAUGCUGCAGGAGGGCUUUGAUAGUCCUACCACUCAGAUCCUCUCCAUGGUUGCCCUCAGCAAAUACGUCGCCCUCAAGCCUGACCUCUCACUGGAGGAGCAAAAAAACCUUGGAGCUUCCCUCUACCUCGCCGGCUUGAAACAGGACAAUUCACUUGGCCUUAGCGCUCAGUGCUUAGGCUGUGCUCUUAUUGGGAAGAUGGAGAUGACCAAAGGGAUUCACGCAGUGUUCCACCACAUGCCCCUGAUUUGGACACACGGCUACCUGGCCCGGGCUCUGGCGAUUGUAGAGGCGGUGUCCACGGGUGCUGGAGAUGUGAAAAUGCCCAAAGAUGUGCUGGACCGUGUCGAGGCCAUACUUGAAGAGCUGUGUGACGUGAUCACGCCCAAGGCGGUUGAGGCAGAGGACCAAAGCUCAUCCGAUAGUGAUAAUGAGACGUCGAAGAUGAGUGAACUGGAUGAGGAAGACGAGGAGGAGAGAGCAAAGCUCCCAGAAUACCUGGCCAAGUUCAAGACUCUGCGUGCUGAACUUAGGGCAUCAGGAAAAGAGGACGCCACCACCUCGCUGGAGACCAUGGCAACCGGCUUGGCACAAGAGCGGCUGACGUCUGCGGAGCAGGUCGACGUCCAGACGUACCAGCUCACAGUCGCCAACUGGGAGUCUGAACGCCGGCAACUUGUGGAGAGGGAACGGGAGAGUCGGGAGAGGAUGGAGCAGAUCAUUCAGGAGAGAAAAGCGGCCAAAGCUACUGCUUAGUAGCACACGCACACACACAGUCAGGACAGGACAUGCACACACAGGGCAGUCUCUUGGACUGCUCAUGGACUGGGUGCCCAUGUUGACAGCAUCGUGGAGCUCCUUUCAUUAUAUAAAGAAAAGCCAUUUUGUUCUCAUGGCGAAAAAUAUAUGCAGGUUGAAUAGUAUUUCCGUGACUGGCCUCUCGUAUAUUAAUUAAAAUAUAUCUUGAAAAAAUCUUUAAAACUCCAAAUGCCACAUUCAUCCCUGUUGCUAAUGUGUGCUGUUUUGUAAACAUUACAAUAUCAUAGAAAUGGGCAGCAAGAUGAACUAUAUAGAAAACAAACUAGUUUCACUGUACAGCAGUUUGUGGUAGUGUAGCGUGCAUCGUGAGACCCACACCUGAGCUGUGUAGCCUCCGCCAUGCAGUUUCUACAACAAUAAAUAUUUACUCAUGUUCAUA